AUGGCGCAAGGGGAUCCCGAAGCCCAGUCUGCCCCCGACAGCGGUCCACGUCCACGGAGCAUCAGCCCCGCAGCUAAAGACGGCGUGCCGCCCGCCCGGCUCAGGCAUGUGGAUCGGGCGCUAGCCCGCAUCGGCAACGGGGAGGUCGAGCUCACAGAGCAAGAUAGUCGUCGCAUCUGCCGCAAGACGGAUCGCGUCAUCCUCGUCGUCUUGGUCUGGGUGUACUUCCUGCAGAUCCUCGACAAGUCAGUCCUCGGAUACGGCGCCACCUACGGCUUGAAGACGGAUGCCCAUCUGACCGGCAAUCAGUUCUCGCUUAUCGGCUCCAUCGCGCCCGUCGCCCAGCUGGCAUGGCAGCCCUUCUCGUCUGUCCUGAUUGUCACGGUGCCGCAUCGCAUAUUGAUGCCGUCGCUUUGCCUGGGCUGGGGCGUUGCGCAGGCUGCCAUGGCCGCAGGCCACAGCUUUGGUGGCUUGAUGGCUGCUCGGUUCUUCCUGGGACUCUUCGAAGCCGGCUGCCUGCCGCUGUUUAGUGUCAUUACCAGCCAGUGGUACAGAAGAGCUGAGCAGCCCGUUCGAAUCGCCGCAUGGUACGGAACCAAUGGAGCCGCAACCAUUGUCGCUGCCGCUCUCUCGUACGGCCUGGGCCACAUCAACUCGCCUCUCCUGCACGAGUGGCAAAUCAUCUUCCUCUUUGUCGGCCUCUUGACCAUCGUCUCUGCUCCCCUUGCAUACUGGAGACUGGACAAUGACAUCCCGUCCGCUCGGUUCCUGACGGAGCAUGAAAAGGCCCAAGCCAUCGAGCGGCUUCGCGCCAACCAGACCGGAACUGGCAGCCGCGAGUUCAAGUGCCGUCACCUGCUCGAAACCGCCCUCGAGCCCAAGACCUACCUGUGGAUCGGCAUGGCCUUUCUCCUCAACGCUGUCGCAAGCGUCACCAACACCUUUGGCCCCCUCAUCAUCAACGGCUUGGUCUCCGACAAGUACCUGAGCAGCUUGCUCAACAUUCCCUUUGGAGCGCUGCAAGUCGUCGUCAUCUUCCUGUCAAGCUUCCUGGCCCAGAGGACUCGCCUCAAGGGCGCCAUUCUCGUCGCCUUCUCCCUUCCCGUCGUGGCCGGCCUGGCAGUCCUGUACGCCGUCCCGCGCCGCGACUCCGACAGAGCAGCCCUCUUGGCCGGGUACUACCUCCUCGCGUUCCUCUACGGCGGCAUCCCCCUCAUCGUCAUGUGGAUCAUAGGCAACACCGCCGGCACCACCAAGAAAUCCGCCAACAUGAGCAUCUACAACGCCGCCACCUCAGCCGGCAACAUCGUCGGCCCCUUGCUCUUCAACGAAAAGGACGCCCCUGUGUACAAGCCCGGCCUGCGCGCUUGCCUGGGCAUCAUUGUGGCUUUCGCCAUAGUCGUCUCCCUUCAAUGGGCCAACCUGAUUGUGCUCAACAAGCUGCAGGAGAAGAAGCGGGUGAGAAACGGGAAGCCAGCCAAGAUUAUCGAUCGGUCCAUGGAGUCGUCGUAUCAUGCCAUGGACGGGGUUGCUCGGGAGGAAACCGCGGCGCAGGAUUCCGCCCCAGCUGGCGAGGCAGAAUAUGGGGGCCAGCCGAGGAUCGGUGAGAGGGCGUUUCUCGACCUCACGGACCGCGAGAAUGACGAGUUUAUUUAUAUUUAUUAG